AUGGCAAUCGACAAAAAGAAGCAUUCCCGGAGUCCGAUCCUGGACGAGUUUUCUCCAGCUCUUUCCGAUUGCAGCGGAAUGCAUACGACGCCUUCUUGGAACGGUCAAGAUGACCCCGAGAACCCCUUCAACUGGCCAGUCUCACGCAAAUGGGCCCUCACCUGUCUCGCCGCUUUUACCACCUUCCUCACGAUGAUGAAUGGGACUAUCAUCACGGUUGCACACUUUGAAAUUUCAGAGAUCUUUAGUGUCACUGAGGCGACGUCCCCAAAUUCUUACUGGCCAGUGACAACAUGGGCUUGUGGAGGUGCAUGUUCUGCAUUGCUCAUUCUUCCUCUCGCAGAAGAUUUCGGCACCCGACCUGUCUUCCUCUCAACAUACUCUAUCCUAUUAUGUUUUCUCGUGCCCCAAGCUGUCGCCCAGAACUUUGCCACGUUGGUGGUCACACGCUUUUUCGCCGGCGGUUGUGUCGCUAUUUUGGCUAACACGGCUGCUGGAGUUGUCGGCAAUCUCUGGGAAACAGAAUGGUCACGGUCAAUUCCAGUCAGCUUGUAUAUAUUCGGCUAUAUGUCCGGAAGCAGCAUGGGGCCAGUUAUGGGAGCCGCUAUCUAUCAGUCUCUCGGGUGGAGAUGGGUUAGCUAUAUGCAGCUUAUCUGGGUCGACAAGACCGCGUCCCCCGGAGACGAACACAAGAAGAUAAAUUUCGGAAGCCUUAUUACCAGCGCGACUAGGCCGGUGAUUUUGGUGUUCACGGAGCCCGUUCUAUUUGUGUCUACUAUGUGGUCAGCUUUCACAGUGGGUGUCCUUUUCAUUUUCACCCAGUCGGUUGAGCUGGGUUUUAUGGAGCUAUACGACUGGGAUGUCUCGGCAACCGGUUAUGUCCAAUGCUCCAUUGUCAUUGGAGAAUGCAUAGGGUGGUUUUUGAACUUCAUAUCACGGUCGCUUUACUUUGCAUCUGCGUCGCGCAACAAAGAAUUUCCCGGAAAGCCUAUCCCAGAGGCUAGACUGUGUAUGGCAAUUUUGGGCGGUGUUUUUGGCCUCUCAGGCGGCAUGUUUACCUACGCCUGGACAUCCAAUACCGACCUUCCGUGGAUUGCACCGGCAAUCGGUUUGGGUCUGGUAGGCGCUGGUAGUGUGCUGGUGGUAACGGGUGUAUCUGACUAUGUCGUCGAUGCCUACAGCCAGUAUGCUAGUAGUGCCAUGGGAGCCGUUGCCACCGGCGAGAAUCUCUUCUCUGCAUUCUUACCACUGGCGACCUUGAGAAUGUACACAUCUUUAGGGGUUCAGUGGGCAAGCACGUUACUUGCUUUCAUUUCCCUGGUGCUAUCCCUUGUCCCCACAUUGAUGUUUGUCUGGGGGAAAGAAGUUCGUGCACGCAGUCCUUUCAUGAAUGAGAUGACGAAAGAUACCACUAUGGAAAGCGCUGAAGUGGUUUAG